UCUUUUACUUACUGAAAAUGACUGCUUUGAGAGCCAUCACAAUGCAGAAGAAAGAAAUUGAGAGGGUUAAGAGCCCGCUCUACAGUACAGGCCCCGUUGAUAGAAAUAUGUUUCAUUGGGAGGCUGUGCUUUUCGGACCAGCAGGAUCGCCUUACGAAAACGGAGUCUUCAAAAUCGGCAUGCACUUUCCUCCAGAAUACCCAUUCAAGCCACCCAAGGUCUUCUUUAGAACCAAAAUCUUUCACCCCAACGUAGGAGAUCGUGGACAUAUCUUCCUUAGGAUGCUGACUAACGACUACUUCUCGCCCAUUUACACCAUCAAUGGAAUUCUCAUUAAACUUCAUGAGAUGCUGACAAACCCAGAAAUAGGUGAGGGGGACUACUAUGAUGAAGACAAAGCGAAGCUGUACAAGGAAGACAAGGCGGGGUUCGAUGAAACUGCUCGGAAACGUACUUUGGAGCACGCUGGGGCUUGA